AGCUGCCAUCCUCUGUGGUGCGUUAUCUUGCUCGUUUGGCCUCGCCAGGACACAAUGGCGCCGAAGUUUGACCCGAAUGAGGUCAAAGUUGGUACGCGGCACGCUGAUCUGCCACCUGAGGCAGCCAGGAGAUGUGGACUGUCUGUUUCUGCUGCUUUGUGUGUCUGUGUGUGCAGUGUAUCUCCGCCAGGUUGGCGGAGAGGUGGGUGCGUCGUCCGUCCUUGCUCCCAAAGUCGGCCCUCUCGGAAUGGUAAGCCGCCAUGACGUCAGUCAGGAGGCCUGACGGCCUGCAAGGUGGAUGGCAGAGAGCCAGGGAGUCCAGCGGAGUGUAGAUCUGAGGCACACACGAGAUCACAAGCUGCUGGUUGCUGUCCCUCUGUGUGUGUGCAGUCGCCCAAGAAGAUAGGUGACGACAUCGCCAAGUCGACUCAGGCGUGGAAGGGUCUUCGCGUGACAGUGAAGCUGACGAUCCAGAACCGGCAGGCCAAGGUGGACGUCGUCCCCAACGCCACCACACUCAUCAUCAAGGAGCUCAAGGAGCCGCCAAGGGACAGAAAGAAAGUCAAAAACAGUAAGGAGCUAACCACACCAAACCAGAGGGCUGGGUGGGCGGUGGGGGGCUUCAUGGCGCCGCGCCGUAUUGGUGUGUGUGUUGGAUUGCUGUGAAUGAAUGGUUCAGUCAAGCACAGCGGCAACAUCUCGAAGGAUGCCAUUAUGAGGAUAGCCCGCGAGAUGCGUUUCAAGUCCAUGGCCAAGGAGUUCAAGGGCACCGUCAAGGAAAUGCUCGGAACUGCGUAACCAACCACACACACACACACAAGGGCCGCCGAUGGACGGCUGUUUUGUUCUGUUUUGUGUGUCAGCAACGCUGUUGGUUGCACUGUCGACGGCAAGAAGCCCACACAACUACAGGUAGGUGUGAUGAUAGUCGAGUAGAGAGACAGAAUGAAAUGAGCGUGGCCGGCCUCAUGUCGUGUUCUGUUGCCCCUUGUGUGCCUCAGGCGGAGAUCGACAGCGGCGAGUGGGACAUCCCCGACGAGUGACUGACUGAUGGCUGCUGAGCCAUGGUGAUGACACCGACCCAGGCAGACAGACAUCUCUGUGUGAGCCUGCUGCCUGUCCGCCGCUUGUGAUUGGCUGUGUGGGUGGAUGGGUCAUGACUUCCGAGCGACGUG